GACGGUACACCACUAGCGCUGUGGACUGGGCGCGUGCGGACGUUUCCGCUCGAUAUUUGAAUCUCGUAAAAAGCGCGCGAACGCGAUAGAUAAAACUUUGUUUUUUUUUUAAUCGACAACACAAACGUCGACUUUUAUAGUGCCUAAAUAAAAAAAAAUGCGUAAUUAAAUACAGCAAAUCGCGUAUCAGUAAGGUCAACAUGGGUCUCGCGGGAUGUUUUCGUAACGUUUAUAUUAGGAAGAAAUAUCAUGAUAAGUAAUCGGGCGAGUGCAAAUAUCGUCCGUAUCUGCGGACCGUUCAAUUAAACGUACAAUUAAAUAUUCGUUUGGCAGUUGCAAUGUAUUGUAAUUGCGAGAAUAAAGAACUUAUAGUGGUUAAGGGACAACCGUUCGCGGAAUCCCACGGUUGAUUCAUACACCGGUUAUCGUGUUUUGCAGCGAGCGGCAAAAUGUGUGAGGUUACAAGUUGGAUACCGUACGCCGUAGUGGAAACACUGCGCGACCGCUCCGCGCAGCCCGUGCUCCAUUGGCUGACGACCAUCCGCGCUUCCAUCGAGGAGUACGACCCGCUCAUCAUCGUCCAACCGUCACCAGCCGCAGAAAACUCCGGAUCGGACGGAGCGUUCGACGAAAUCCUCUCUCAGCUGGGCAAGGAAAUCUACAAGCUAGAUGAAUACCAAAGGAAUUUAACACCGUCAGAAAAACAAGACGUAUCCCUCAGCAUCCUGAACAUAUUCGACGAGUGUCUCGAAGGUAUGAACCACCACGCAGAAACCGAAACCAAAGUGAUAAGCGAAACAAAACAUGUGUCGGACGAAAACAAUGUUGAGGAUUGCAGUGAUCGUAAAUCGAAUGUUUCCUUCAUUACAAGCACUCCGAUGGAAAGUGUAAAAGUGAAAGAUACACCGCCUCCAGUGCCUCCGCGGAAAUUUCCAAUGAAGACACCUGUGUAUGACAACAUGGAGUUCACCGAUAACCGCAGCACGUUGGAAAUGGAUAAAUCUGAUACGGACUCCACGAGCACUCGCUGGAGUUACCAGGACUGUAACAUAGAGAAUUCCGAAGCCGAGAAGGACACUUACGCAGCUGUUUGGUCGCAUUCAACAGGGUUCCAUAACUCGGAUGAGAUAUUGCUUCAUGUUUUGUCGCAGGCGCAGCAAAGGGCAACGAUAUCUCGGCUGUCUUUCGAUACGGCUAGCGACUUUUCGCCGCAACCGUUCUCUGUUUACGCGCUGCACGAGGUGGGAGACAUCCACAGGUGCGACCCGCCAGUUGUCGCCAUGACGCCGGACCGACCGAGCGACGACGGUUACGAGCCCGUGCGAGACGCGCUGGUGUCGACCGACGAGAACAUUUACGAGGAAAUUGAGUACUCCUACAGUUAUACGGACGAGGGGUGCUCUUGUGGCGGCAGUGUCGAGGUUGAGAGUUGUUCUAUAAGUGCUAGUUCCGAAGGUGUUGGGCGGGAAAGCCCUUUGUACGCGAAUCUGAGGGAUCACGACGCGUACGCGAUCCCUCCUGAUGUGAUUUUUUGGAAGAACUCCUUGCUAGACCCUUUUUGUAAUGACGACGAGGAAGAUGAGUGGAUCACGCCAGAGGAAUGCGAGCUCUACAGCAGAGACCGGCGGCCUCCCCUGGUCAUCCCCCGUAUCACGCAGUACCGCCCUCCGCCGCGGAGGGAUCCGCGGCCGCAAAUACCUUCAUAUACCGAGGACCGGCUUCAAGAUGUGCCGGACAAGUCGUGGAACUGGUCACCGACGUCGGAGCGCAGCCGGGUCGACAUCGCCCGCACCUUCGGCAAGUCCAACUGCGAGAGCCCUCCCUUCUGGGCACACAAGCGAUUGGGUGGUUCAACGGAAAACCUAUCAGCAACCCGUCGAAACAACCACCUUCAGUUACCGCCCUCUUCAUCAGGCGACAGUCUAGAUGUGGAGUUCAGGGAGCGGGAGUCGGGAGCCAAGACGCAGAGGAUGUCCAGGUCCAUGGUUGCGCCCAAGCAGAAACCCAGACUGCCAGUGGUGGCUCCUAGAGUAAUGAUGCAUCCACCUAUUGAGGCACCGGUUAUCUUAGAAGGGCCAGUGAAAAGGACUAAGUUCAUGGAAGGCGCUAAGAAGAGCAAAAAACAUUGGGCGGACUGUUACAUGAUCCUCACUCCGACCAAGCUUACGUUUUACAAGGACCAGCGAACUUACGAAGCAACGAGAUUGCUCAAACCCUCAAACACGCCUCCCAGCCCAACGGCGCUGCGUGCCGAACUAGAACUGCCUCUUCUAAACGCGCAUGUUGUGCAGUGCAUACAACAACACACCAGAAGGUAUUUGCGAUCUCUCUUGCUCACCGUGGAGCACGACCAGUAUCUGCUGCAAGAGUUUACAGAGGAAGGCGCCUUACGACUGUUGAAAUGCAUACAGAAUGUUAUAUACAAACUUGGCCCCCCACCAUUAGACGACCGGCCCAGUCCCUACCAGAGCAGCAACACAGAUUUGGAGAGCCUAGGCCGAACGCCGCCGGUGUCGCGGCACGCGACACGGAGCAAGCAAAAAGCUGGCGGUAGUAGCAACGAGGAUUUAAGCGAUUCCACCGAAGUUUCCAUACAGAGGUCGCACGUUAGAAGUAGGCUUAGAAAAUUCUUCGCGAAGCGUCCCGCCAUGGAUGUCCUUAUCAAGAAAGGAAUCUAUAAAGAUGAGCCCGUAUUCGGCCGCAAGCUGGAGGAGGUGUGUCCGGCGUCGAGUCCGCGUGUUCCGGACUUCGUCAAGGCGUGUGUGAGGGAGAUAGAGAGUAGCAAAGACAACAUGUGCACGGACGGCCUGUACCGAGCUAGCGGAAACCUCAGCCAGGUGCAGAAGAUACGAUUAGAGAUCGAUCAGAACAAUCAGUCAGUUAUCGAAAAUAACACAGACAUCCACGUACUAACCGGCUCCUUGAAGCUAUUCUUCAGGGAGUUGAAAGAACCUCUCAUCCCUUGCAAUCUGUUCGACAGAAUACUUGCAGCUUGUUCAAUAAAGCCUAGAGAAGCCAGGAUAAAAGAGUUUCAGGGCAUCAUACAGGCAUUACCGCCUUGUAACCAUGAUACACUCAAGUUUCUCCUGGAGCAUCUUUUGAAAGUCACAGAACAUAGUGAACGCAAUAGAAUGCACACCGCAAAUCUGGCUAUAGUCUUCGGGCCAACACUGCUUUGGGCGCCCGCUGAACAGCAACACAACAUAGCAAUCGACUACAUACAGCAAAACAACGUCGUGGACAUCCUACUCAACGAUUUUAAAGAUAUAUUCGUGGAGGACAACAAAGGAAAGAAAAAAGCGUGAUUUCAUCAAACCUUACAUCCUGGAAUUUAGACUGUUAUAAAUUAAAACUUUCCUUAACCUCAGAAACGGGCUAGUUCUCCGCCAAUAUCUAUAAAUGUGUAGCCGGCAAGUUGCUGUGCGUGUAAUUGUAUUACACCGUGAUUAAUAUCAUUAAUGGACUAGUUUUUCGCCAAUAUUAGGCAACGCAAAUGUGUAGUAAAUUCGCUGAAUUAAGAAGCUGAGUAGAACAUAAGUUUACAGUAAUUCUGUAGCCACUUUAAAUUCAUAUUUAAUGUCAAAUUCAAUCGUAAAUCAUCUUAUACAUUAAACAAUUAAAUAAACUAUCCCACGAACAUUAAAGAAAUUGGUGCAAUGCAACUAAAAGGUGCGUUUUGACUGAGGGUAUUUGCUUCUAAGGUGCGAAGACAUAGACGUUUAAUUCCGACCGCUCCGUAAAAUUGCGCUUCACUUUAAAACACCCAAAGACAUUUAUUAUAAGACCUUACUUAUCUAUCGAGUAAACUAAGAAAAUCUUGUCUAUGUCCGAUCAACGAAUGUCUGGUUAAAUAAACUAAUAAACUUUAAUUUUUGGACGCUGAUUUUUUAUAACACAAGCCUGGGAAUGGGGUCCAACAGACCCCGUUAAAACUUGAAAUUCCUGUACUUAUACCUUGUUUGGUAAUGACUGUUAAGACCCUAAGAUACUAUUUAUAUAUAUAUAUAUAUAUAUAUAACUUAUUCACCACCAAAGUGCCACAUUUCCUUAGUUCACAAAGUGUCCGGGCUUUUAUUGGAAUUGUGCAUUUCAUUACUGAGCUGAAUUUUAAGGGUUAUUUUCUUUAUGAUGUUUAAAAAAACAAUUGACAACACUGUAAGAUUUUUGUAUUCACUUCGUACUUAGGUAAGCAAGCUUUUUUCUUAGUUAUAACAGUUUUUCUACUUCCUUAGCCGUUGUUUAUGGUCUAGAUACGAAUUUCAGAAUAAGAAUAGACAUACAGAGAUCCGACGCAGCUGUCUAGACAGAGCAACCGUGCUAAAAAUCAUGCAAAAUAGGCGGCAUAGGCGGGAGACAAAGGUUAUACCCCCAAUUAUAUCCCCUCACAGGGGAUAUAAUUAACGUGUCCACCUGAUAAAGCACGGGAACAUGGAAUAGGAGAAGU